GGUAAAACUUAUUUUAAAUUCACUGCUUUAAACCAUAUAACCAACACAAACAUAAUUAUGUAUGAUAAUAAUCUUGUCAAAGAGUUCGUAUUGUUUGGACGUCGUUUGUCGUGAGUGGUGUUUAUGCAGGAAGUAGUGUCACAAAAACAUGCAAGUGUUUCCCUUCCGUCUUAAAUUACUCUUACACAUUGGGUAAACGCCUUGAAAACAGACGCGUUCGGUCUGAAACGUAUUCCAAAACUAUAAUUUUAACUAUAUAAUUAACAUAAACAUUUGUCAAUUAUUUAUGAUAAUGCUCUUGCCAAAGACUUUGUGUUUUUCUUAAACGAAAGUGACGUCACGCAUACUGUUGCGUGUGACAGUGUUUACUAUCCGACUGGAAAUUCUGUGAUGUUUUUGGCCUACCGCAACAAUUAUUUUACAACCAACAUUUUAGCUAUCAAGCAGAUAUGGUUUAAUUGUUUAUUAUCAGUUAAUAGUUUUAUUGCAUUGAUACGGUUUGCACUGCUGUAUAAUAAUGUUCGUGACGGGGUACACAAAUUCCAUGUAGCAGAAUUGGUAUGUUCUUCGUUGACGGACCACCAAAUUGCAUUUUCGGAAUGGAGUCACGUCACCUCCAUCGUGCAGACAAAUAUUUCCUCGUAAUGUUUAAACUAAACUAAAUUUACAGUCAAGGCGGAAAAGCAAGUGAUGUCAAACAAAUUCUAGCACGGCAUUUCUAACAGGAAACCUCGCUAACUGGCUAGCCAGGCUCAUGUUUACCAACAUGGACAGGGAUGCGUACCGCAACUGUUGCAGUCUUGUCAAAAUCCCCAGGCAGUCCUACGAGCAGUUUUGCUCCUCACAUUUCGUCGACUACAUCGACAAAGAGCUGGGCUAUUCGAAAUUUUUCAAAAAGUACUUGCUUUCCAAUCACCCGUGCAUGUUUUCCAAAAGGUUCACCGAGGAGUGGAAGUGUAGGAAACAGUGGGUGACUGAGAAGGGGAAGCCCAAUUUCCAGAAGCUGCUACAAGAAUUCGAUGAGACUCCUGUCCCUGUGGCAAACUGCAAUGCAAAGGAAUACAAUUCCAACCCCAAACAAGUAAUGCCUUUCAAAGAGUUCAUACAGUACUGGAAGGAACACAUUCAGAAUGGCCACUCGUCACCUAAAGGAUGCCUUUACCUUAAAGACUGGCACAUGUCAAGGGACUUUCCUGAACAUAAUCUUUACACCACGCCAAUCUUCUUCACCUCUGAUUGGCUGAAUGAAUACUGGGAUGCACUUGAAGUGGACGACUACCGCUUUGUCUACAUGGGACCCAAAGGCUCAUGGACGCCGUUCCAUGCCGACGUUUUCCGCUCCUACAGCUGGUCGGCAAACAUCUGCGGCAGAAAGAAGUGGCUUCUGUAUCCUCCAGGCCAGGAGGAGUUUUUAAGAGACACACACGACAACCUCCCGUAUGACGUCACGUCAGCUGAGCUUCACGACACAAGCCUCUACCCGCAUGCCCAAGAGGCCUGUCAGCCUCUGGAGAUCAUUCAAGAGGCUGGUGAGAUUAUUUUUGUGCCGAGCGGCUGGCAUCAUCAAGUUUAUAAUCUGGAGGACACCAUCUCCAUCAAUCACAACUGGUUGAACGGCUGCAAUGUUGACAUCAUGUGGCAGUUCCUGCAGAUAGAGAUGUCGUCUGUGCAGAAAGAGAUAGAUGAGUGGAGAAACACGAUGGAUUCAUGGCAUCAGCACUGUCAGGUCAUUAUGAAGGCGUGUUCCGGCAUCAAUUACGGGGAAUUUGCAUCAUUCCUCAAAAUCAUCGCAGUCAACCGCAUGGCUCUCCUCAACGCUUGCUCCUCAGGAGACGCCUCCAAUUACCCGCGGCAUCUCUCGGAGGCGCUCGUUACCCUCGGGCCCUACCACGCUGCCUUUGACUUGCAGAGAGUGGCUCACAUUUUGGAGCUGCUGCUCUGCAAUGAAGAUUUUAAGAGGCUGGAACACUCAGCAUCCACCGUGCAGCCAGAAACGUUACUGCAGCAAAUCCGGGACACCAUACAGUCCACCAGAGGGCAGCAUCUCCUCUAUCAGGACUGAGGAUAGUAUUUCUGAAGAGGGUUUCAAAGGGGCUGAACAUUUUUGUAAAGUACCCUGAACUUUAGUUGUGGAAAUAUUUAAAUGUGGACACUUUUAAUAGGAAUAAUGAAGUUUUUCUUUUUACACCGUUUACUCUGCUUUAUUUAUUAAUAGCAUCUAUUUUAUUUAAUAGAACAAUUAAAAAGUGAACAUGUUUCAGUACAUGCAAUUGUAUAACAUUUGGUUUUAAACUAAAAUUCUACUUAAAAUAAGAUCGACUAAACUGUCAGUCACCAGUUCCAGUAAAAUUUCAUAUAUUUCUUUGUUUACUUUGACAUUUUGUGUUAAUAGAGAGGCUAGAGCAGGCUGCUACUAGUCUAUAUAACAAUUCAAAGAUGAGAAUAGAUACUAUUGCAUUUUUUGUUCACCGUUUUAAAAAAUUGAAAAUUGGUUCUUCCCUUGGCCCACACUUGUUCAAAUUAAGUAAUUUAUUGCAUCACAUUGAUAUGUAAUAUCCAUAAGUUAAUGGUUUAACACAGAAAAAAAUGUAUUUUCAAAAUAAAGGCCAAAAAUGCCAGCCAACUAGUUUAGACUGACCCAACAGCGCCCCUACUGGCUGCAGUCGAGCAGUACAGUCCAAAAAGAAAUGACCUCAAUUGCUUACCAAUUUUAGUAGUACAUUUUGGGAAACUCAGAUUUAGAUAGAUACCUUUAUUUAAAAUUCUAAGGUGGUAUACAUAAUUUAAUUUGUAAUAUUGAUUCAAAACUCACAAUUGAUGACUUUGGUUAGUGCUGCGGCCCAUGUCAAUCUCCUGAUUUGUCCUUCAAAAGAAACACCAUAUUCUAGUUUUGUCAGUCAGGCAAAGACACACUCAGGGCUUCUAUUUGAAAUGUGUCACAAGUCAUGUAAGUCACGUUACAAGAAGGAAUGCCGACAGACCCCCCCCUCCCCCCCCACCCCUCCUCCCAACACACACACACACACACACACCCAUCAGUUGCUUUGCACAUCUUUAGGCCACCAGUCGGGCACGGAGGCCUCCAGUGUCACUUGGGCGUCAUCAGUAGAUUUGACCGUCAACACCUCCUUGGCGUGGGCCAUGCGGAUCAGGCUCAGGCCCAGCUUUCCCACCCCCGCACGGUGUUUCCCAGCUGGCUUGCCCGACUGUGUUUGCAGCGUAGCUCCCUCCUCCAGGUCUUGGACGGGCGCCGACAUGCGGACCGGCAUGAGGCGUUUGCGAACCACGCCGGUGUGAUGAGUCCUGGCCGUGAGCUCUUGGCCGAUGUAGCAGCCCUUGCUGAAACUGAUGCCUUGCAUGUAGACGAGAUUGGAUUCGAGAGGUAACGCCACGCCAGGAGGGAGGUCUUUCACGCCCUCGGGAAGUCCUAGACAACAAAGACCACACAGUAAACAAUCUUAAAGCCAUAAAAAAUGAUUAAAAAUCACUCGGUAUAUGGAUGGAUUCAUACAUAUAUUGUUAAUGAAUAACAAUUUAAUAGAGCUAAGGUUUAUAUUAAUGUGAUGUAUUGUCACUACUUGGCAAACAUCAGAGGGCACAAUUACUUUUCUGUCUAAACAGUAUUUUUUUAAAAAGUCAAAAAUGUGUUGUUAAUAAGAGAUGCACGAUACUGACUUUACCGAUAUAUGAUAUACCAAUAUUGCCACACACCGAUACCGAUAUCAACCAAUACCAAUAUAGGCAGCAGCUCUUCCCUCAAACUAAUGUCAGGUCACAUACGUAAUGUGUAAUGUGUAAUGAGCACAUGAUGCUUCCUUUACUGUGAUGCCACAAAUAAACAGUGCUUCGCGAGGCAACAAGUGAUUGUGACCAGCUACACAGGUGAGCAACGCAUUCACAUUGAAUUGUACGAGAAUUUCAGGGUAUCAAAGUAGUUCAGAGGAGGAAACGCGGCAGGUGUUGAUCGGGGACUCUUGCUAGUAUUGAAGAUAAACUUACAUAAAUGUCUGUGUAAAUUAAUGUAAACUUACUAGAUAUGUUUACUCUGGCGCCAACGAGUUCCCAGUUUAUAUCUCUAUAUUCUCUUUUUAGAAAUGUCAAAUAGCGCCGGGAAAUCUGACACGUCAAGCAUUGUGUACUGAUUAGCAUCCUGUCCGCUCAUUGGUCCUCGUCUGGCCGACAGCGAUGACAAGUUGACGAUUUUUCAUCUUUCUGGGAUCGUGUCGCAACACGAGCACAAACUUUCACACACACCAAUUUCGCGUGUUGCUUGGCUGAAUGGUGACACGUGAUGUUUGCCCUAUCGCACGGGUUACAUUGGAACUGAAUGGAGUCGAGACGAUGUCGCCUCCCGUGUGUGGCACCCAUUACUCUUUUGAACGCAUAUUGUUUUGAUAAGCCAAACUCUUUACUUCAAUGGCCCCAGCAACUAAGCGGAACUAUGCUCUAAUCACGAAUCUCAGACCAGAACUGGGCUCACAAGCCCAAUUGUGGGGCGUAAGUCACUGUUGAUGUACUAUGCUGCUGAUGGGGAUGUCAUACAACUUCAUGUAAAAAAAUCUGAACUAUCCCUUUAGUAAAUUAACAAAUAGGAAUCCAAUUAAACAAGGCUGCCAACGAUACAAUUUGGAAAGCUACACACUUCUAUGUGGCACAAACAUCCAUAUAACUAUGAAACUCUGGACUAAUACAAUCAGUAAAAUUACAAACUGGAUUCAUUCAGCAUGUCAUCGCCAGUCGCCUAUUAUUUUGCUACAUGAACGCAAACUUGGCGAAAUCAAGAAAUAAUUCCAGACCGUGGACAUACUGAGCUAGCGAGCCAAUAGCUGUUUUGAGCAUGACGUCAUCACUUACAUCAGGGGUGUCAAAC